ACAAACCACCACGCCGUCCACCCAAUCGCCAGAUACCCGGUUUUCGCACUGAACAGAACAAGAUGGCGCCCGCAAUGUCAUUAGUCAACAAGCUCAAGGUGCAGCUCAAGCUGUCGAUAUCGCGGCUACGUAUGGUGCAGCAGAAGGAUAGCGCAAAAGUAAAACAGCAAAGAAGAGAAAUGGCGCAAUUGAUUGAGGUUGGCAAAGUACAGUCGGCGCGCAUACGCGUAGAGAACAUAAUCCGUACCGACAUCACCACCGAGCUACACGAGAUCCUCGAACUCUACUGCGAGCUUCUACUCGCGCGCUCACAGUUGCUCGAAUCGCAAGUGUCCUCCUCAAACACCACCUCAUCCGCUUCCACGUCGACACUCCUCGACCCAGCCCUAGAAGAAGCCGUCCGCAGCAUAAUAUACGCCGCACCACGAACCGAGAUCAAGGAACUACACACCGUCAGGGCGCUGUUAGUAGACAAGUUCGGAAAGGAUGUUGCAGUGGCCAGUAUGGAAGGAGAAGGCGUGGCAGAGAGGGUCAUGAAGAAGCUAAAGGUUGAGACACCGAAGGAGGAGCUGGUCGAGGCAUACAUGACGGAGAUUGCAAGAUUCUACGGAGUACCGUAUGGCACAGCCAAGAGUGAAGAUGAAGAAGAUGACGACGACGAUGAGCCAUCAGGUGGUGUAGGCGAAAAGGCGGAGCUCGAAGAACCUUUACCAGCCGACGACGCAGACCCCAGUACAAGCAAGAAGGCAGAGGAAAGGGAAGCGCUGGCAAAAGCCUCGACACCCAAGAAGCUGGGACCACAAAGUCCGCUGCGCGUCGUACCGCCGAGUCCUAGUACCGAUAAUGUAGCGCCUAGGUUGAAGUUACCAGGAAGUGCGGCGGCCAAGGUAGCAAAGAGCGAGGCGAAUACGAAGAAGCCGGCAAAGAAGGAGGAUGGGCUAGGCAGAAUCCCGGAUGUGGAUGAGCUUGCUAAGCGGUUUGCUGAGCUGAAGCGAUGAAACAAAUAGAGAAGAGAAUUUGGUUCUUUUUGAUCGAGCCUGGCUGAGUUACAAUCCAGUGCUCUUCACAUCUUGCUCAGGACUGCCGCAUCGGGAUGCGCGCCUCCGGGUGCAGGCAGUCUGUACUGGAGGCAAGUAAUAUGAUACACCAUCAUGGCCAUGCGCUUGGGGAUGAGAAAAAGCGCAUAGCAUUAAUUCAUCAAGUCUCUAGCUUUUACUCUUCACAACAAUCAUUUACAGAAGAGCAUGCAAUAUCAUGA